UACCCCAUCUCGCUCUAAAAUCCACCGCAGUUUCCCACGAUUUUCCUUCUCACUCUAAAAUACACCGUUGAACGACUCGGACGCGAUUUUCCAGCGCGGGUGAUUUUCCUCAUCGGUCGGCGUUUUUCGGCGGCUUCUUAUCGACAAACAAUAGUGCUCAAGUACACCGAGAUUUUGUAGUGUUUUGGAGUUGCAGCAUCAGAGGCGAUUGCCAAUUGAAAAAAAAUUAAUAAAACGGCGACGCCGCCGAAGUUCAGCGCAAAGUAAAAAGCAAAAAUAUAGUAUUUGUUGUUUUUAUUUGGCCCGCAGACCGUGCAUUAAAAACAACAACUUUAACUACAGUGGCAGGCGUAACUGUAAAGUCCGCUUUGCUUGUGAUAGCCAAUAAAGAGAAUCGGAAUCCGCAGCAAAGUUUUGAUUUAUUCUAAUUAAAAAAGGUUGCGAUAACCAACUUUGACCGAAUCAAAGGUGACUGACGACCAGGACGGCCAGCAAUGUGCAGACGGUCGCUGGCUGAAAUUGCUGGCAGGACUCAGAACCAGACCGCAAGGAUCAACGCAAUCAAGGAGCAGCAGUUGCAGCUGUGAAUGCAUCGGCAACUGACAACCGGCUACUGGCUACUUUUUAUAUAUAUAAAUCCAGAACGAAAUGCGUUUUUGCAGCUCGGCCAACAAGAAGAUCAUCACACAGAUAGCAGCUGAUAGAUGAACUAAUGCAAAUGCCCUCCAAUUGCAGCUUUUGAUGCAAACUUAAGGCAGGGGCCCAACACACAGAACCCAACUUGACUGAUAGUUUAAACUACUUACUAUAAAGUAAUCGAACAACAUAGAUACGAAACAAAAGGGCUGCAACAACUUUUUAAUUACUGUUAAGAACAACUCGUUAAUUGCCAAAUAUGUGUUGCCUGAUCUAAAGCUGAACAAAACUACGAAACAUAUAUAAUACAUAUAUAUAUAUUAAUAAUAAAACAUAAAUCCACUAACCCAAAACCGCCACGAAAAGCUCAAGAUCAAGAGUUGACGCCAGGAGACACUUGCAUAAGCCAUGGGCAACAAAUGCUGCAGCAAGCGACAGGAUCAGGAACUGGCACUGGCCUAUCCCACUGGGGGCUACAAGAAAUCCGACUACACCUUUGGCCAGACGCACAUCAACAGCAGCGGCGGCGCCACAAUGGGCGGCGUUCUCGGCCAGAAGCACAACAACGGCGGCUCCCUGGACUCGCGCUACACUCCCGAUCCCAAUCAUCGGGGGCCGUUGAAAAUCGGCGGAAAGGGCGGCGUUGACAUCAUCAGACCUCGCACCACACCAACCGGUGUUCCUGGUGUCGUGCUCAAGCGCGUUGUCGUGGCCCUGUACGACUAUAAAUCCCGCGAUGAAUCCGAUCUGAGCUUCAUGAAGGGUGACCGCAUGGAGGUCAUCGACGACACCGAGUCCGAUUGGUGGCGCGUCGUGAACCUAACCACCCGGCAGGAGGGCCUCAUCCCGCUCAAUUUCGUGGCGGAGGAGCGAAGCGUUAACAGCGAAGACUGGUUCUUUGAGAACGUGCUGCGAAAGGAGGCGGACAAAUUGCUGCUGGCCGAGGAGAAUCCUCGUGGCACUUUCCUCGUGCGACCCUCUGAGCACAAUCCCAAUGGCUACUCGCUGUCGGUGAAGGAUUGGGAGGAUGGACGUGGAUACCAUGUGAAGCACUACCGCAUCAAGCCGCUGGAUAACGGCGGCUACUACAUAGCCACCAAUCAGACGUUCCCCUCGCUUCAGGCCUUGGUCAUGGCAUACAGCAAAAACGCUCUUGGCCUGUGUCACAUAUUGUCGCGUCCCUGCCCCAAACCGCAGCCCCAGAUGUGGGACUUGGGCCCGGAAUUGCGUGAUAAGUACGAGAUUCCGCGCUCAGAGAUUCAGCUGCUGCGCAAACUGGGACGCGGCAACUUUGGCGAGGUCUUCUACGGCAAGUGGCGCAACAGCAUCGAUGUGGCGGUCAAAACACUGCGUGAGGGCACCAUGUCCACGGCUGCUUUCCUCCAGGAGGCCGCGAUUAUGAAGAAGUUCCGCCACAACCGCCUGGUGGCCCUCUAUGCUGUUUGCUCGCAGGAGGAGCCCAUUUAUAUCGUGCAGGAGUACAUGUCCAAGGGCAGUCUUCUGGACUUCUUGCGCGAGGGCGAUGGUCGCUACUUGCACUUCGAGGAUCUCAUCUACAUAGCCACCCAGGUGGCCAGCGGCAUGGAGUAUCUGGAGUCCAAGCAGCUCAUCCAUCGGGAUCUGGCAGCCCGUAAUGUGCUGAUUGGAGAGAAUAAUGUGGCGAAGAUUUGUGAUUUUGGAUUGGCGCGUGUUAUCGCGGAUGACGAGUACUGCCCCAAGCAGGGAUCCCGGUUUCCGGUUAAGUGGACGGCGCCCGAGGCGAUCAUCUACGGCAAGUUCUCGAUCAAAUCGGACGUGUGGUCCUACGGCAUUCUGCUGAUGGAGCUGUUCACGUACGGACAAGUGCCCUAUCCGGGUAUGCAUAGUCGCGAGGUGAUUGAAAACAUCGAGCGCGGUUUCCGCAUGCCGAAGCCAACGAAUCAUUACUUCCCGGACAACAUUUAUCAGCUGCUGCUCCAGUGCUGGGAUGCUGUGCCCGAGAAGCGGCCGACAUUCGAGUUUCUGAACCACUACUUCGAGUCCUUCUCGGUCACGUCGGAGGUGCCGUAUCGAGAGGUGCAAGACUAAACAGAGUCCAGCCUAUUCACACACAUCACCUACACUCUCUCACACGCAUACACACACGUACGAUAUAUAUAUAUAUAGUAUAUAAAGUUAUACAUAUAUUAUACAUUUAUAUGCAUAUUUACUAUAAUUCUUAAGACUUUUUAAUGGCAUAGUUGCAUACCAACCAACCAACACACAUGAACUCUAUAUGUAUGGUAUAUGUAUGUGUUUAAGCGUAUCUAAACAAUUCAGAAACCAACUACAAAACAAAAAAAAAUCAACAAAACACACAAAAAAACCUAAGAUCGGAAAACAAAAUUUUAUAUUUUACACGCAAAACUAUUUUAUAAUUUAUAUACCUAACUGUAUGUACUAUGGAAAUAGAAAGUAUUUAACUAGUUUUUUAAGCUUAACAAGAAAAAGUAAGGGGCCGAUAAAUGAUACCAAGAAAUCAAGAACAGAGCAAGAAAGAAAUUGAAGGCAACUCUAUUGAAUUUCAAAUCGAAUACAGCUACAAUUUAACGCUACUUUAAUCGGUGCUUAGGUUUUAUGUAUAAACAAUCCAAUCCAAUCUACAACUAGAACUUUUUGAUCUUAACCUCCCUCUGCUGAAUACUUUCUUCUGAUACUUUCCACACACACGACUAUCAACUAAGCCAAGUAUUAUUUGACUCAAUCAAACCGUAUCAAGAAAUCGAACAUUUACGCAAAACAAAUUGUUGCUAAUGAGAAACUCCAAUGAUGGCAUUUACUUAUAAGGUGGCGUCCACCCCUCGUCUCUACUUCCAAGUCAGAAAUCUACACGAUCUAUCACCCGAAACAUAAUAAGUUGCUUCUUCCUCGAGUAGGUGAGGAUAGGAAAAAAAAUAAGGAAAGGAAAAUUGCAUUUUGUACAAAUCAAUGAAAAGAAGAGAAAAAAGCAUUUGACAUAUUUCGUUGUUAGCAAUUGAACCAAUGAAUGUUUAUAGUACAUUUAAGUUUAUGCCAAAAUUAUUGUUUAUUCUUUGUUCGUAUACUUAAGCACAAGCAACACAAUUGGGCACUGUCCAUGUAGUCUAGAUAUAUCUAUUGAUGUA